CUUUCUUCUUCUCGAGCACUGUAGAUAUUUGGAAACUCACCAUCACCUACGAUUCUUUGCCAUAAACCCUAAACUGGAUUUGUUUCUCGAACAUUGAUAACCGAAAGCAAUUGAGAUGAUGCUGAGCGAUGGAGACGAAACCCCCUCAAGGUAUGAAUUGUUGAGCAUGGUGAAGAAAAACUCCAAGUUAAUUGGGCAAACGGUAGUUGAGGAUCAAGAUCAAGAUACUUCUGAUGUUGAAAUGGAUAUGAGGUUUUGGCACGAUGUUUUUGAUCUGUAUUUCGUCCGUGGCAUGGAGUCAAGGGGACGUCAAGACGAUGAUCUUGUUUUCUUUGUCAGAAAAUUGGGUUCCCAUGGUUCUGGUUCCAACAAUAAAACAGAGAUCGUCGAGCCUUAUUUUGUACGCAGGUGGGCACCUAAGUUGCAAGACUUAGUUGAUGAAACUUCUAUAGAUGUGGACUGGAGGCGAUCAUUUUACUUGAAUUUAAUUGCCCAUACAUCAUUCAGUGUAACUGUUGCAAUUUGCAGUCGCCAGGAUCUUCUUAAUCAUCGAACUGGGGAGGAUACACCUUUAUCCCCUAUAUACAAGAUUGUGAAGACAGUUUAUGCAUCCCCAAGUCGUGUAAAUUUUCAAUUGGACUCUAAAAAGGAAGUGGAAACGACUCCUGCUUAUCCAGAUAUAUGUUUUGCAAUUGAUGAUUUUGACUCUACUUUUGAUGCUGUGGUUUUGACCGAAAAAGAUCAUUGCUAUUGUGUAGUUCUAAACGCACAUGAUGGGGCAGCAUUUCCAAGUGAGAAGGUGUCAAAUGAUUGUAAUAAUAGCUCCAAUUUAGAAGUCCAUACUAGAUCCGCAAAGAAAAAGGAUACAAAGCUUACCCUUUUCUCAGGAUUUGUAAGCUAUCAAAUGGUUCGAGAUGCUUAUGAUGCAGGUGGCAGGUCCCGAUUUGGGAGCCUUUUAUCAGUGGGCCAUUCUUCUGGCAAAACAGAUAGGAUUUACAUGAAAGGUCCUGGAGGCCGAGGAGAAGUUGAAGUAGCUGUUUCUGGUGUUGCAGAUCAAAGCCACGAGGACUCAGGCCCAUUUUCUCCAGUUAUAUCAAAGAAAGGGUUCGGGCUUGGCGUAAUUGUCCGCAGAGCAGCUUCCGCCGCAUCAGUAGCAGCAAGGCAUGCUUAUGCAGCGGCCUCUACCUCUAGCUCAAAUUUUGAUGAUUUGAUACCUUUGAAGUGCAGCUUAAUGUCCAUAUCAUUGCCCUGGGAAUGUAUUGCCUAUGAUCUUCUGUUUAAGGGAGCUCCUGCGGUUAACAUGUGAUCAUUAAUUGUGUCUGUGGGCGCAAAGAAAAUCCAAAAGGAGAUAUAUGCAGGCACACUAUUUUUUUAGACAUGAAGUUCGUUUAUCUUCUGACAGAGUUGUCUUUGGUGCAUGUCGUGCAGGCGCAUACUCAGAAAUGUGCAUAUUUGGGGUUGGGUUGAGCAUCUCUUGGUAAUUUGUUGCAUCUGGUUAUACAUCUAUGUUAGUUGGUGUAUGUUGGAUUAUUGUAAUUUUUAUAUUUUCAAUUACUAGGGUAGGUUCUUCUCGACUAAUGCAUUCUUUUAAUUAUUUUAAAAGUUACUUAUA